UAAUAAUAAUAAUAAUAAAUGUCUUUAUUAGCAACACAACAAUAGGGCGAAGAUCAGCCAGCUGGCUACUCUUACACCCAACCCUAUUGAGUGCUUAAAUAUGUAUAUUCAAUUCAAAGUCACAUACAUGCAACCUAAAAAUAAAUACAUCGAUCUGGCUUUCAACUAUAUAAUAAUAACUAAUUAUGACACAUCGAACAGCUGCUUCUUAACCAGCUUCCUGAGUGUUACUACACUUCUGCUUCUCCAGGCAGGGUCGGUUGAGUUGUGUAACCUCACAACAUUGAAAAUCCCUAAGAUUAAUGAUUCCUCUAGUUACCAAUUUACUAUAGAGGUAGAUGGGCUUUUUAGUACCUUAUGCACAAAAACCUAA